AUGCUCCACGAAAUCCUCCUCUCUCUCUCCGGACACCCAUCCGCGCUCUUCGAUGCCAAUGUAGGAUCCAGACACGUGACUUCGACCGCUACACAGCUGCUCUCGCCUCCAGAGGCAGUGCUCUUGUCCUCUAUCGGCCACUUGUCUCGUUUGCACCGCAAGACGCGCGAUCAUGUCACCCGAAUCGCGUCCACUCAUCCUUCCAUUGUCUGUCGCGCUGUAGCAACUUCGAUAGAGUCCCAUCAACUUGGUAAUUUUCAGCGCAAAGUUCUGGAGGUGGAAAGUCGAAUACUCAAACAAGAUGCAUCCACUGUAGGCGCGUAUAAUAUUGUACCGCUUGCUGGUAUCGUCAGCGAGUUCUCUGAAUGGACGAGGACGAUGAAUUGGCUAUGGGACAUUAGCAACUUCAUGUUGCCGUCCGAUGCACCAUCGAAAACCGAAAAUAGGGGCGGCAAUGUCGCAUCUGGUGCUGCUAUCAUCGACAAGCUACGGAGCGAGGCUCAGACUGGGUAUCCGGAUAUUGAAGAAGCUGCGCAAUAUCUGGGAAAGAUCGCAGAAGCUUCAUGGCUUCGGCAAUUGUCCACAUGGCUGCUCUACGGUCGUCUACCAUCCUUUGGCAGUUCUGAUUUUUUUGUCCAACAAGGAGACGACGAUCUCGAGGAGCAUACGUUCGUGGUGCAAAACAAGCUGCUACCCAAGUUCGUUACGAGACAGACUGCGUCAUCUAUAUUGUUCAUCGGCAAAUCGCUCGACCAGAUACGAAUGUUACCCGCCGCCGUCAAGCAGAUAGAUGUUUCCAAGAAGACGUCUGAGCUUGAUCUCUUAUCAGAACAUAUACAACAGCUCUCGCAAGUGACUACACCGAUUAGCUCGGCGACACUGUCGGAAGUCGUUGCUAACAUCCGACUCUCACUGUCAAGGAACCUUUUACAGCAUCUACUACCGCGUGAGAAGAUUGUCGAGACUCUGUCAGUCUUACACCAGUUCUUCCUAAUUGGCAGAGGCGAAUUCGCUAUGAUCUUGAUUGCUGAGGCAGACGAUAAGAUAGCUUCCCGACAUCGUGGGCCUUCAGCGACGAAGCCCACACAGUCCGUCAAAGGGGUACUGCUCAAGGAAGCCGAGAUCAACCAGGUGCUAGCGCGCUCGUUAUCACAUCUUUCUACUCUCUCGGGCGAAGACGAUCACACCGACGAUGUUCUGGACAUUGCUAUGCAAUGUCUACAUCUCACCGCCUACAGCUCGUCUAGCAUUCGCCCUGGUACGCCAGGCCGUGCGAAAGAUACUGAUUCUUCGUUACCACAACUUGCGGCCCUAUCAUUCAACGAAUUAUUGUUCUCUGUACCGACUACUCUCACAAUGGACAUACGCUCACCUCUGGAUCUCUUCAUCACAAAAGCGGACAUAGAUCUGUACUCGGCAAUAAACUCAUCACUACUUGCCGUUCGUCGUGCUCAUCUGCAUCUGGCAUCGCUGUGGCGCCACAGUUCCAUCCGUCGGGAUCACCCUUGUCCUCCGGGGUACCAAUAUAGCAACUCGGCGCGUGGAAAGAAAAUCUUGCGGCGAAGACGUGAGAGGGCGGCGUUGCGAACGAGAGAAAUGCGUCGAGUCUGGGCAACGUGCGCAGCAGCCAUAUUCUUCCUAGCCGAGAGUGAAGCAUACUUUCAAGGAGCGGUCGUACAACAAUCUUUCCAACACUUCUUAUCUUGGGUCAUUGGACCACAAGAUGUCACUUCGAUAGAAGGCCAACUUGCACCCCUCAGCAUUAACUCGACAUCAGCCACAGGUACGACGAAGAGUGAACGCCAACAACAUGACCCGGAGGCUGUUGCCACUGCACAUCGCCGCUUCCUGUCUGCGAUGGCUUACUACCUACUCCUCACCGAUACUACCUUCACAAAGGCAUUACGGUUGAUGUGCACGCAUGUAGACGAGCUCGUAGCUUAUGUCAGCCGCCUAACCAGUAUACAAGAAAAUCUUGAUCUCGAGGAGGAUGACGGAGUAGAAGACUAUGCUCAAAACUACAAGAACGAGGAGAAGAGAGUCAAAUUAGAACUGGAUCGUGCCAGGAAAAGAUUGGACAGUGAUCUCAAAGCACUUGUUGAGCGACUACGAGAAAUUGACAGCGAACGCAUUGGAACUUCGGCACCUGGACUGCUGACUAAUGUGGCCGUUGAAGAAGGAGAUUUUGAACCUCUUAGAGUGGGGGGUAUCGAUCGUCUUCUUAUGAAGCUUGAUUGGGAUGAAGAGGAGGAGGAGGAACAGGAUCAUGAAGACCUACUGUAG